AUGGCGAUCGAACAUGAAGACGAACUCAAGGACGAGAAGAACCCUCGCCCCCUCGACGAGGAUGAUAUCGCUCUCCUCAAAACCUACGGUUUGGGACCUUAUUCCACAAGCAUUAAAAAAGUGGAGAAGGAAAUUAAAGAUAUGGCAAAGAAAGUGAAUGACUUAUGUGGCAUCAAGGAGUCUGAUACUGGUUUAGCGGCACCUAGCCAGUGGGAUCUUGUUUCUGACAAGCAAAUGAUGCAGGAGGAGCAGCCUCUUCAGGUUGCGAGAUGCACAAAAAUUAUAAACCCAAACUCUGAAGAUGCCAAAUAUGUCAUCAAUGUGAAGCAGAUUGCAAAGUUUGUUGUUGGACUAGGAGACAAGGUUUCCCCCACAGACAUAGAGGAAGGAAUGCGUGUUGGUGUUGAUAGAAACAAAUAUCAGAUUCAGAUUCCUUUGCCUCCAAAAAUUGAUCCAAGUGUUACCAUGAUGACAGUUGAAGAGAAACCAGAUGUGACAUAUAAUGAUGUUGGUGGCUGUAAGGAGCAGAUUGAAAAGAUGCGUGAAGUUGUUGAACUUCCCAUGCUUCAUCCUGAGAAAUUUGUCAAGCUCGGAAUUGAUCCUCCAAAGGGUGUGCUUUGUUAUGGUCCACCAGGAACUGGCAAAACUCUAUUAGCCAGGGCUGUUGCCAAUAGGACUGAUGCUUGUUUUAUUAGAGUCAUUGGAAGUGAGCUUGUUCAGAAAUAUGUCGGUGAGGGGGCUCGGAUGGUUCGUGAACUAUUUCAGAUGGCCCGUUCAAAGAAGGCAUGCAUUGUGUUUUUUGAUGAAGUUGAUGCAAUUGGAGGUGCGCGAUUUGAUGAUGGAGUUGGUGGUGAUAACGAGGUUCAGCGUACUAUGCUUGAAAUUGUGAAUCAGCUUGAUGGGUUUGAUGCCCGAGGAAACAUCAAAGUUUUGAUGGCAACAAACAGGCCCGACACUUUGGAUCCAGCACUAUUGCGGCCUGGGCGAUUGGAUCGUAAAGUUGAAUUUGGCCUUCCUGAUUUAGAGAGCAGGACACAAAUAUUCAAGAUACACACAAGAACCAUGAACUGUGAAAGAGAUAUCCGUUUUGAACUUCUAGCCCGGCUUUGCCCAAACUCCACUGGAGCUGAUAUCAGGAGUGUGUGCACUGAAGCUGGUAUGUAUGCUAUCCGUGCCCGAAGGAAGACAGUAACAGAGAAGGACUUCCUUGAUGCAGUGAAUAAAGUCAUCAAAGGGUACCAGAAGUUCAGUGCUACUCCCAAAUAUAUGGUCUACAAUUGA